AUGUCGCUGUGGGAUAUCUGGAACACCCAACCUGAGGAUGAUAUCAGGCAAAUACUGCAAGAGCUCAAGACUAAAAUCCUCCGAAGGGAGAUCCAAGUCGACACCGAAGAGCAACUGCGGGCAUUCUUGGACAGCGACGACGUGGAAUACGUUGGAAUCCUCACCGAUCCUGAACAGGAAAACUUUCUGCACAUGCUGGCUUCUGACGCCCAGAAUAGAUGCCUCGUCAAAUUCCUAGCCGACGAACGGAGUCAACUCAUGUUCGGCACGGAUCGAUCCAUGUACUACCCACUCCAUGUCGCCAUCAAAGAGAAGAAUACAGACUUCAUCACAGCCGUGCUUGCUAGCAAGUUCAGCGAGACAGAUGGCAUGAAGAAGGUGCUUUCACACAAAGGCGGGUCUAAUCCAGGGAACUGCAUUCACAUCGGCAUCCAAGUUGGGCUCGAUCCGGCACUUAUGAUCAAACUGAUUGAGAAGUCGGACGGCGCUACGCUGGCAGAGCAGGAUGGCGCCGGCUUGACGCCACUCCACUGCGCUGUAGACUACAAAAAUUGCAGGAAAGGUCAAUUCGAGGUGGUGCAAGCGCUCUUGAAGUAUGGCGAUGCGGCUCUCGACAAGGAAGGUAGCAUUCACGGGUCGUUGUCACCUUAUCAAUACCACGAAGAAACAAAGAAGAUCGAGAAGAAAAAGCUCGAGGAGGCGGAAUGGACAAAAAGACAGAAUGAUGGCAGAGGUAGCCAGCAGUCGCGAAUGGGAAAUGACAACCGUGGUGUGCGUGACCCUUCUCAUUUUCAAGAUGCUGGUCAGGUCGAUCUCCGGAAUACUGUCGAGGACGACAAGGAUGACGCCAAAGAGCGAAAGAAUAUGGUCGAUCUUGGCUCACGAGGAUACGGCGCACGCAGACAGUCGCAUGCCAUUCGAGCUGAUUUAGUCGAGCCCCGGGUCAACUCACCGACAGUUGGUGUACGUAUUCCGACAGGGGGAAACUCGUUGACGCCGCCUCCACCAACCGACCGUGUCUCGUUCCAGCCAAAUACUACCGCAGCAAAUCUAGGUAGGCCAAGAAAGGCCGUGCGCGCAUCACGUCCAGGUGCCGCAAGAAGAUCAGUCGGAUCCCAGAGACUCCAGCAACCUGAAGCCCCUCCUGAUGACGAGACCGCGGAUGAGAUUUCAAAGGAACUGAAGUUACACUACCUUCGAAGCAUUUUCAAAGGCUCGGCUUAUGCUGGAUCCCAGGAAUUUGCUGACAGCCACAGGCCAGAGCCUCGAAGUCACGACAGGGCUGUCAGGUUUCUGUACGGAGACAACAAAGAAAACCGUCACAUAUGCUUUAACUUUCUCGACGGCCCUUCGAAGAUGACUGCCAACAAAUUCAGGGCGACGUAUGGCGGGUUCAAAUUCGAUCAUGUUCUGCAGUAUGUUGGGUUUCGUCGCCUAGAAUUUAUGUCGCCCGAGGUGGCUCCCAGAGGGAGUGGGCUAAUGUCCAAAUCGGCUGCUUCCUCUGGGAAAGGAAGAAGAGAUAUGGAGGUCCCGUUUAACUGGCUUCAUGACAAAGGUGUCACCAACAUCAUAAAGGUCAUUGUUGACGACUUGGAGCCUCCUUCCCACAAGGACGAGUCAAUCCAGAAUGCUUUGAAAAAGUUUGACAUUGAGAUUCUUGACUGGAGAAAGAUUGACCUAUGUCCGCACACAAUCUGUACAUCCUGUCCCAAUCUCCGGGAAAUUCACCUCUGGUGGAGUGGAAACAAUGGGAUAUUGAGAGCGUGGAGUGAACCAGAAGGAUUGGCGAGACUGGAACGACUGGAAACCAUACAGAUACACCAAACACAGGAAUUAGAGUCCGAGUCCUGGACAGACACGAAUAUCGCCACGUUUCGCAAAAGACUGAGGGACUUGAGAAGUGCGCAAAACAGUCCUCGGAAAGCCAGCGACAAACUGCCACAGAUUCGUGUUCCGGACCCAAUCAAAGCCAUCGAUGGACCUGCCCAACGACCGACCGGGUUACACCCCAAAACGGACCCUAAAGUUCAACGUGAAACACAUAAGUGGUUACACAUAAUGGACACGUUUGCCGAUGGGGUAUACAGGAUCAAGCCAGAUCGCGACGUAGAUUUCUUCAAUUCUCUACCGCCAGAACUCAAGGCAGACGUAAGAGUCGCAUUGAUUGACGACGGUGUGCAGUUUGGCCAUGAAAGUCUGCAGGAGAAGAUACAAGACGGGUGGAGUUUCGACGACGGCUAUGAUGGCGUUGAUCUCCCCGGAGCGAGACGGCCAUUUCACGAAUCCAGCACCGGACAUGGCACUCUCAUGGCUAACAUGAUCUGCCGCAUCUGCCCGAAUGCUAAGAUAUUCGUUUGCCGAUUGAACGUAUAUCCUGGAGACGGUACCAAGUCCCUUUUUUCUGCGAAGAGUGCGGCCGAUGCCGCUGAAUAUUGCGCAACUCGAGGAUUUGACAUCAUUUCAAUGUCCUGGACAAUCAAGAAAUCCAUAUAUACACCAGAAACCGCGAACGACUGGAAGGACCUUGAACGGCUAGAAAAAGCUUUGGACGAGGCGUGCAAGAAUGGUGCUCUUCUGUUUUGCUCCGCGCCGGACGAAGGUGGCAUAUCGGAUGAGAAGUUCCGUACUUAUUAUCCUGUAGGAUGUGACUCGUUAUCCAGUCGCAUCUUCAAAAUCGGAGCGGCUACCUCUGCCAACAAGGAAGCGGACCGCACGGGCAAGUCCUCGCAACUUGACUUCAUCCUUCCCGGACAUGAGGUCAGAGAGAGGGGAAGCGAUGCAAUCAAGGUUGACGACAGCCUCAAGAGCGGAUCAUCGGUAGCAACGGCGUUGGCGGCAGGCCUAGCAGCGCUCGUCAUUCACUGUGUUCGCCUCGGCGCCAUCGAAACCAUCCGCGCACGAACCACUAGACGCAAUAGCGAAGCGAGAAAGGUCGAAGGUGACGCCUCGAGCGAAGACGGCGCCAAGUCCGAGGAGAACACAAACGAGGACCUGAUGACGGCGUUGGAGGCGGUACCGAUCAAAUCCGAAGACUUUGCUGAUAUCAAAAAGUUUGAGCACAUGAUGCGCGUCUUCGCGAGCAUUCCACGACAGAGGAAGACGGGGGAGACUUGGAAAUACCUGGAGGUGGACAACACUUUCGAAGGGCCGGGAAAGACACUGGUCAACAAAGAAGUGAACGAGAGCCAGAAAAUACUGGCUGUGACCAAGCUUGCCAUGAACUUUGUGAGCUCCGGCUUGUCGAAGUUGUGA